UUAUAUUUUGAAACAUAGGAAAAGAUUCCCACGGAACAUAAAAUUGAUUAACUUCUUCUCAUCUGAGACGUUUGGUGUAACAUCCGGCGGAAGUGAACAAGCAGCGCCAGAGCAUCACGUGUGUUUUGAAUAAUUUUUCACUUUUAUUGUGUUUUCCGUGGUCUGAUCGUGGUGUUUCCAGUGAGGAUGAGUUCGUCUGGGUCUCUGAGAGAGUUCAUCAGUCAGCGACUAACUGCUGCUGCUGAAGAAAUAUUCACAGAGUUUGAAAAAACCAUCGUCCAGUACGAAGAAGAGAUUGACCGACAGAGAAGACUGCUGGAUAUCACCUGGAAACCGGAGAUUAAACUACACAGAACAGAUCUCCAACAUGGUUUCAUCCCGGAUGCUAAUGAGGUUCUUCCUGGCCAGCAGCUCUGUAACCAGGACAGGAACCUCAGAUUGGACCAGAAGGAACCAGAUCCUCCACAGGUUAAGGAGGAAAUGAAGGAUGGUCAGGUUGAACGGAAGCAGGAGACUGAUGUCGUCAAUUAUCUUAAUGAAACAGAACUCCAGCAUCAUUUCUUCCGGGUUGCUAAUGAGGUUCUUCCUGGCCAGCAGCUCUGUAACCAGGACAGGAACCUCAGAUUGGACCAGAAGGAACCAGAUCCUCCACAGGUUAAGGAGGAAAUGAAGGAUGGUCAGGUUGAACUGAAGCAGGAGACUGAUGUCGUCAUGGUGACUCCAACUUCUGGUGAAAGUGGCCACAGUGAACCAGAACCAAACAUGGAUCAGGUCCAACUUCAGAUCUCUCCAGUAACUGGGAAACCGGAUGAGCAAGAAACAAAGUACGAACAAUCCACCAGAAAUGAAGAUGCCGGUACAGAUAUGGACAACUCUCCCAUGCCGGAGAGUCGUGGUGACUCUGAUGCAGGUAAUGAAUCUGUAAACUUUCAGAACAAAUAUCUAAAUGAAACAGACGGACAAAUCCACUCAGAGAAAAGUCAGUUGACGUGCAGAUUUUGUGGUAAAAGUUUCCUCAGACAAUUAUACUUGUUGGAUCACACUCGUAUCCACACCGGCGAGAAGCCAUUUACCUGUCAAGUGUGCGGUAAGAGUUUUAACCGCAAUGUGACUUUGACCACCCACAUGAGAAUCCACACAGGCGAGAAGCCGUAUUCCUGUAACACCUGUGGUAAAAGUUUCUCCCAAACCGGUCACCUGACCAAUCACAUACGGGGUCACACAGGAGAGAAGCCCUUUUCCUGUGAAAUGUGCGGUAAAACCUUUGCCGUCGGUAACACUUUGACUAUCCACAUGCGGACCCACACAGGAGAGAAGCCGUAUUCCUGUCACAUCUGCGGUAAAGGAUUCCUCAGCAGCAGCAACAUGAAGGCGCACGUGAGGAGGCAUGCUGACGUCAAGCCCUUUUGUUGUCAGAACUGUGGUCAAUCUUUUGGACAACUGUCUGCUUUGAAAGUCCACAUGAACAAGUCCUGCAGGCCACAACUCCCCAGCAACGGCAUCUCAGGAAAUGUUUGGACCUUUUCCGAACAAGAAAACCAGAAGGAGUCUGAGCCAAAGCUUGUAACCACAUAAGGAUGACCACUCUGAAAACUCUGAAAACUUGAUUUUCUACAGUACAGUUCUGUACAAAUCUGUUUUACUUUUGAAAUGUCACCAUCAUAAAUCAGUUUCCAGUGCAAACUCAACUCCCUUCAUCUCAAUGUAAACAAGACGACUCUGCCCAACCCUCCCCCUCUCCCACGAACACCUGCGGAUCUCCCUCCCAGAACUGUACUGAGCUGCCUGAUAACACCAAGGACAUUUUGGCUGGGAGCAGCUCUGGGCGAAGGUUCACGGACUUAUCGCACACACACACUCACUGACAACCACAACCCUCCCACCCCAUCCAACGCCUUCCUGGCUCCCCUCUUCUUAUCUGCCCCCCUGACACGGACGUCGAGUUCGAGCGCCACGCGUUCGCGGCGCUCACUUGGAUGAACAGUGCCGGGAUCCCACCCGCGACUUGCCCACCCUCCAUCACCCACAUGCAAGUCCUGUGACAUCUGUGCUUUGUGUGCUGCGAGGUGUUUUUUUGCAACUUGAUACUGUGUAUUGUAUGAUAUUCAGUGUGAAGAUGUAUUAUAUUUUAAUGUCAAUUUUGGAGCAUUUACUUUAUAUUCAGAUAUUCUACCAAACCGGCUGAUUAGAUCUAACAACGCUGGUACGAAGUGUUUAUUUGUUUUAGGAAUAAAAUUACAUCAUCUGCAAAGAGAGCUAUUCUAUGGUCUCUAAUACCAAUUGUAAUCCCCUGAAUUUGCUUACUAGAUCUAAUGGCUCAAUUGCUAGAACAAACACAAGUGGUGACAGAGGUGAACCUUGAGGGACAACUCUUGUGAUAUUGAAGGGUUCAGAUAUCACCUCAUUUGUUACUCAGCUAUAAGGUUGAGGACGUGUAACAUUUUGAUCCAGAUCCAAACUGUCAUGAAUUUCUAUGGAUUCUAUUGGUUGUGAAGGUUCCUGAGAGUUAUCAAUCAAGCCACUCCUUAGAUAUGACCGUGUACAAAUACCCACAGCUACGAGCCUCCGAAAACUUGGUGAUGUCAUGGGUGUGUCCAGUUCGUCUGAUACAGUUUAUGUGGACAGGUGAGUAGCAGUAGUUAAAAGUGAAUAAUUAAUGUAAUGUAGUUUCAGUGUCAGAUGAGCCAGACAGCUAAAAAGAGGAUGUGGACAUUUGAUAAACAAUUUUGGGUUAUCAGGAAAUAAUAGAGAACAAGCUGUGGUUUAUGGACUCUGUGUGUUUGUAAACUAUAAAAAAAAUAGUUUGUUGCUUUUUGUGGUUAUUUGUAAUAAAUAUAGGAUCGGAUCAGCAGGCGAUGCUGUUUUUGAAUAAAAAUCAAACCUCGCCACCUGCGAGACCAGAGGCCGACAAGGAAGAACCCGGAA